AUGGCUUCUUCGUCUCAACGUUCAGUGAAGAACUAUUUUACGAAAGUACCAAGAUCAAGUGUAGCUUCUUCUAGUCAAUCUAACCAGGAAGCAAAUGCCAACCAUUCAGAAGUAUCAUUACCUUCUUCUCAAGUAUUUGAUUUGAGUACUUUAAAUUAUGAUUCGGGUGAAAGAACCCCAAUCUUGGACUAUCAUCCAAAUCAUCGUGAUGUUAUUAGAAGAGCAUACCUUAUUAAUGGUCCUUGUCAACCUCUGUUGCUUCAGUAUGAGUAUCCUCAAACGAAUAUUUCUGGAUCAAUGCGCCGUUUUAAUUCUGAAUGGUUUGAUGAUGUAUAUCAUGAUUGGUUGGAGUAUAGUGUUAGUAAAGAUGCAGUCUAUUGUUUGUAUUGUUAUCUAUUUAAAGGCUACAACACCAAUCAAGGUGGGGGUGAAAUAUUUUCAACUGUUGGGUUUAAGAGUUGGCAGAAAAAGAAGAAUCUUGGAAAACAUAUUGGUCUACCGAACAACCCACAUAACCAGUCAAAAAAGAAAUGUCAAGAUUUAUUGCGGGUACAACAAUCUAUUCAUUUUGCACUUGAGAUGCAAUUUAGUCAAUUUAAGCAUGCGUAUUUGGUCCGCUUAAGUGCUUCCGUUGAUGUAGUAAGACUUCUUAUAACUCAAGGAUUGACAUUUCGAGGUCAUGAUGAAUCUAAAUCAUCACUUAGUAGGGGUAAUUUUCUUCAAAUGAUCUCAUGGUAUGCGAAAAAGUGUGAUAAUAUUCGUGAUUAUGUACUGGAACAUGCUCCUCAAAAUAAUCAAAUGACUUCUCCAAUGAUUCAAAAAGAUAUUGUGAGUGCUUGUAAGAUAGAAACAAUUAAAGCUAUUCUUGAGGAAUUAAAUGGUGACUACUUUUCUUUACUAGUUGAUGAGUCUUUUGAUGUGUCACGCAAGGAGAAAAUGGCUAUUGUCUUAUGA